AUGGUGGUCAUCAAUGGUGUCGACCUCAAUGCUCUUGACUAUGUUCCCAAGAAGAUCGACUACAAUGGCACCGGCGACGCAGGAGGAGACCCUCUUACAGAAGACCUGAACAUUUGGUACGAGACCGGCGAUAUAGGAUGGAUGAUCACAGCAACUGCCCUCGUCCUCCUGAUGAUUCCCGGCGUUGGCUUCUUCUACUCCGGUCUCGCCCGCAGGAAGUCGGCCCUCUCGUUGAUAUGGCUCUCCGUCAUGGCCACAGCUGUCACCACCUUCCAGUGGUUUUUCUGGGGCUACUCGCUUACCUUCUCACACACCGCCGGCCCCUUCAUUGGCGAUCUGGCCAACUUCGGCUUCCGAAACGUCCUCGCCCGUCAGUCCGUCGGCUCCUCCCGCCUUCCUGAUCUGCUCUUUGCUGUCUAUCAGGGCAUGUUCAGCGCCAUUACCGUCGCCCUCGCCACCGGCGCCGUUGCUGAGCGCGGCCGCAUGUUGCCCUGUGUCAUCUUCAUGUUCAUCUGGGCAACUGUUAUCUACGACCCCAUCGCCUGCUGGACAUGGAACACCAGCGGCUGGAGUAACCAAAUGGGCGGCUUGGACUUUGCCGGUGGGACGCCAGUCCACAUUGCAUCUGGGGCCGCCGCAUUGGCCUACUCAAUGAUGCUGGGCAAGCGGAGAGGCCAUGGUACACACGAGCUGAACUACCGACCCCACAACGUCACCCAUAUUGUGAUAGGAACUGUAUUCCUGUGGGUAGGCUGGUUCGGCUUCAAUGCUGGAUCCGCCCUCUCGGCGAACCUGAGGGCGGUCAUGGCUGCUGUUGUCACCAACUUGGCCGCCUGUGUUGGUGGAAUCACCUGGUGCGUGCUGGAUUACAGACUCGAGAGGAAGUGGUCCACUGUCGGGUUCUGCUCAGGUGUCGUCGCCGGCUUGGUAUCCAUCACCCCCGGUUCAGGUUUCGUUCCAGUCUGGGCAGCCUUGCCUUUUGGCGCCCUGGGAGCCGGCUUCGCCAACUACGCCACCAAGUUGAAGUUUGUUCUUCGCAUCGAUGACGCGCUCGACAUAUUUGCCGUUCAUGGCAUGGGCGGUUUCGUUGGAAAUAUCUGCACAGCCUUCUUCGCCGCCAACUACAUUGCGAGAUUGGAUGGGGUCACCGAUAUUCCUGGAGGCUGGAUUAACCAGCAUUGGAUUCAGAUAGGGUACCAGCUUGCAGACUCCUUCUCCGGAGGGGCGUACUCGUUCGUCGGCACAUGCCUCAUCCUAUUCAUAAUGAACCUCAUCCCUGGCCUCCACCUCCGUGCCAGUGAGGAGGCUGAGAUCCUUGGCAUCGAUGAUGCCGAGAUUGGCGAGUUUGCGUACGACUAUGUCGAGCUCACGCGAGAGGUCUUGAAUGAUGUGGAGGUCGACCCGGACACGCACAGCAGGUUCUCGGGGGAUGCUCAGAGCUACGAUCCGAGGGAGAAGAACAGAGGCAUACCGCUUAUGGACUCCCGCAUGUUCAGCAGCGCACAGGCAUCACACCAGGCAAGGAUUUCCAGCGCAACGAGCACAAAGAGCCUCAUAGACCGACGGAGUCCUGAUAUUAGAAGCUGA